AUGCCUCCGCUCCCGGGCGAAGAGCGUCUACUGACCGUUUUCGCCGAUAUUCAUUCUUAUUUCACGGUGCCGACCCCAAAGCCUUUACACCACCGGUUUGAUAAAGGCUCCUAUCUAUACAUCUAUCAUGAUGAUGCCGACAACAAGGCUAGAAUCGAGAUUGCCAAUAACCCAGGAACAUCUGAUCAAGAUGCAUUCCAUGGAGGGUUGGAGAAUGUCCAUAUCCGUCAUUCAACUCAAUUCCCUACCCAGUGCACUCUGACGGUGGAUGGGCUUGGCUCGCCGCACCAGCCUGCCCAUUAUGAAUGGCGGCUCCCGAGUGGAGAUCCCCGCAACGAGCGUCACAGCCUCUUACGUCUACACACACUAGACAUCUAUUUCUGGACUUUGGACGAUGCAAAUCAAUUCCUAGACACAAUUGGCCGUGUCCUGGCUACACAUCAAUUAGAAACAGACCGCCUCGCUCAGUCGGAACAGCCCUUGAGCUCGGUCGUACAACAACUUGAGAAUGUCGCUGUGACAGAUCCAGCCUACCAGAACGGCCAGACACGCAACUCGCGCUCCGAAUUCCCAUCAGCAACUGUACCCGGUAUACAGGGGAUCCAACAAGUUCCUAAUCUCCCACCACCGCCUCCAAGCGGACAAACAGCCGACCCACAAGGAGCCAGCUCGGUACAGCAAUCCCCGGUAUUGGAACAGACAACACCAGAGAGCUUCGCGCCUCUGCCUUACAACCCAGCCGCACCUGCAGCUCCGGAGCCCAUCAAACACCGCGAGAAGACCCCGCCCCCAGAAGAUGGAGCUAAUGGCACCGGGCUCGCCGCAGCGGUGGCAGCCGACCAUGGUGUCCCAUAUACCCCGCCAUCGCAAGUUGGCGGAGCCGUAGGAAUGGCCGCCUUGACAAGCCCACAAACUCCCCACGGGAUCUCAUAUACUGGUGCACCAGCAACUGCUGCAGCAGGAUACGCUUCGCCCCCACCAAGCGCAGGCCCAACAAACCCAGCAACGUUGUCAAGUCCCACCUCGAUCCAAAGCCCAGGACCACCCGCGUAUCAACAAGCCUUCCAGCCCGGGGCCCAGCAAAAAUGGACACCUAGCACGCCGGGAUCAAUGACCUUUGCGCCGCCACCGCAAGAUCCCAACGCCCACCUCUAUGCGCAGCAGCAGGCUCAGCAGCAGCAACUCUAUGGCUCACCACAAUCACCACCUGCCCAUCACCCCAACAAAGCCGUCCAAAUCGCCGGAUACUCGAACUUCUCAUACGACAAAUCACAACAACCCCAGCAGCAGACGCAGCCCGGUGCCUCAGAGUACGAUGUCCACAAUCAACUGUACAGGCCUACGGAAACAGAAGCCAACUCGCAUGUUUACCAACAUGCGCAAAAAGCCAUGAAGAACUCCGGGACCCGGGGCCGUAAGCUUGAGGACAAGGCGGAUAAACUGGAGAGCGGGAUGAAUCGCUUCUUCAAGAAGUUGGAGAAGAAGUUCUAA